AUGUUGUUGAGUAAGGAGACUAGAAAUCAGUUUUGUCAAAUAAAGAUGCUAUUAAUUAUGGACUCAAGCUACGUCGACUUCGCGUUGAAACACUUGAGCUCCGUGAACUUCCUUCGGAAUUCGAGCCAUGUGGUGCUGCUCCAGGGCGCUGAUAUGGAAUGGGUCGCUUACGUGCACUACGUUAGUUGA